UCUUUUCAGGCAAAAUGAAAAUCUUUGUGGUAUUUGUGGGGGCACUGGCCUUCUUUGGGACACAAUCUUUGGGAAAUGAGGUUUAUAACAUCAUCAGCCCAACUGACAAAGGUGGCCAAAUUCAGGAGACGAUGACAAUUGACAAUGAAAAAAAUGCUGCCAUCAUUAACAUCCAUGCAGGAUCAUGUUCCUCUACCACCAUUUUUGACUAUAAACACGGCUACAUUGCACUCAGGGUGCUCUCCAGAAGAGCCUGCUACAUCCUGAAGAUGGACCACAAAGCCAUCCCUGCUCUGGACCAACUCAAACGGUACAUCUUUGAGAGGAAGGCUUUGAACAGCAUGUUUUCUGACAAAUACAUCUGGGUCAAGUACAACCCACUGAAGUCUCUGAUCACAAAUGUGGAUUGGUUCCUGUUUGGAUCACCCAUCAGGCAGCUUUGCGAACAUGUCCCCUUAUAUCAGGGGGAAGUGGCAGAUAAGACACAUAAUACUGGUGCUGAAGCCUGUGCAAAGGCUGGGCUGCUGGGCAUCUUGGGAAUUUCUGUCUGUGCAGAUGUUCACGUGUAAGGCAUUCAGCACACUGGUUUCAUCUUUUUAAAGAAAUACACCCUUGGUUUCCACUCAACAGCCAAAUUAAAUUCUUUCUUAAUGCCCCAACUAAUUUGGAGAUUCACUAGU